AUGGCUUCAGCCGAGGUAGACCAGAAGGCCUUGGGCAAUUUUGCCGCCGUGACAGGCCUGGAGAGCCCAUUCCUAUCGGCUAUGCUGUACAAGAUACUGGGCCUGUCGGUUAUGCUCUCAAACAAACUGCUUCGCGCACGGCGACUACGGCGACUGGACCCUACUCGUGAAACAAAAUCCCUGCAACUGUACUACCACAUCAUAUGGCUUUCGCGCGAAGGUCUCUUGAUUCUCGAAGAAUUUGUUCUUCCCAUGGUGGAAGGCUUCGUUGAGCUGAAGAUCCUAGUUUAUAAACUCAGAGCCUCAUUCUACCAUAUAUUCGUUCUAUUCCAUAACCAACCCGCCGUUCACUCACCGGGAAUCGGCAGCCUCUCCAGCAACGGCACUAUCUCCAACGAGACAGCAGAGCCGGAACCAUCACCACGAGAUCCGAAUUCGCGAUUAUCAUUCCGUACGAAGCAGCCCGAAGUUAUAUCCGUUCCCAGCCAGCCCACAGGGGCCUUCGACAUAUCGCAACGCACCUUGAAAGUGCCACACGGCCCCCCUGGCCUCGCGCCUGUUCAGGCACCUCGACCGUUAUCCUCAUUCCUUCUGCCUGCCAUUGACUAUACGCCUACUGCAACUGCCUGCUUCAACCACGCCGCGCUCCUAGCCGAACGGUUCCUCCCUGGCUCACACCCCUUACGCCUAUCCAUAAAGCUGGAAUACGCCGCAUACGUAUACGACUGUCUCCACGAUGCCAACGCCAGCCGCAAACUCGCCAAGCAAGCCAUUGCCGACGUUUACAACGCGCAAGAAGGCAUGGAUGACGAAAGUUUCGAAGAUGCAGCCGAAAUCGUUGGCCUCUUGGGCAAGAUGGUGAAACGCAGCGCCAAAAAGAGUAGUAAUGGAGGAAGCACGACUCGCAGUGUGACACCCAGGGCGGAAAGCUCGCGCAGCGAAGGGAACCGAACUCCAACGACUGCGAGGAAAACAUCGCCAAGGACCGCGGCGACGACGCCUAUGCCGCCGUCUCCAAAAACGCCCAAGCUUACGACGACGAACGCCGCUACAACCGUGAGAACUGGCCAGUCGCCUGCUGCGGUGCCGAAUCCGACUAUGUUGAACCCUAUCUGA